AUGGAUAUAGAUAGGUCGGACCCGUACACUUAUCGGCUACCAAAGCCCAACUAUCUUCCUCACAUUCAAAAUGAGCCUAUCGUGGAAGAGGUCUUCAAGCCUCUGGAUCGACCUUCCGAGCUCGAGAAUGCCGCUUAUAGGAAUAAGGCCAAGCGCACCAUGCAGGAGCUGGGUAUUACGGCUCCCAAAGGCUAUGAUGUCUCGUUCCAUUACAAUCCAGAGAUGGAGAGGCACCACUUCGGUCAAACCCAUCCCAUGAAACCUUGGAGACUCACCCUCACCAAGGGGCUUGUCACCGCUUAUGGCAUGCACUACACUAUGAAGAACUAUACGGCGCGCGCGGCCACCUAUGAUGAAUUAACCUCUUUCCACACAUCAGAUUACAUCGAUUUUCUUGCAACAGUUGCCCCCCAACCAACGCCGCUUGAUUUAGACGGAAUUGGCUCGGACAUAAGGUUCAAUCUGGGAGGUAGUGACUGCCCGCUUUUCGAAGGCCUCUAUAAUUACUGUUCGCUAUCUGGCGGAGCCUCUUUGGAUGCCGCCAGAAAAUUAUGUACGAAGCAGUCUGACAUUGCCAUUGCUUGGGGUGGAGGGCUACAUCAUGCCAAGAGAUCGGAAGCCUCGGGGUUCUGUUAUAUCAACGACAUCGUGGUCGCCAUUUUACAAUUAUUGCGCAUCCACAAACGGGUUCUCUACAUCGAUAUCGACGUCCAUCAUGGCGAUGGUGUCGAGGAGGCUUUCUUCUCUACUGACCGUGUCAUGACGGUGUCUUUCCACAAGUACGACCCUAUGAACUUCUUCCCCGGGACAGGAUCGUUAGAGGACAACGGCCCCAAGAGCGAGCACAACCCAGGCGCACACCAUGCUAUAAAUGUGCCCCUGAACGAUGGCAUUACAGACGAGCAAUACCAGUGGCUUUUCCAAAACGUCAUCUCCCGUUGUGUGGACAAGUUUCGGCCCGAGGCCAUUGUUCUCCAGUGUGGUGCUGAUUCCUUGGCCGGAGAUAGGCUUGGCAAGUUCAACCUUCUCGUGCAAGGACAUGCUUCAUGUCUCGAAUAUUGCAAAGGGCUCGGCGUUCCUCUGAUUAUCGUUGGUGGUGGAGGCUAUACGCCAAAAAAUGUUGCCCGAGCCUGGGCAUACGAGACUGCUGUCGCCACUGGCAACCAGACGAACAUUACGCAAACGCCAGAAAUCCCGCUACAUACACCAUACCGGAAGACAUUUGAGUAUGACAGUGUCCUCCUGCCAACCAUAGAGCAGAUUUUGGGAGAUGCUCGUCAGAAUCGAAAUACCCAAAAGCGGCUCCAGGAAAUAAUACAACACGUUACCGAGCAGCUUCGCUUUGUUGGUGCAGCACCCAGCGUUCAGUGCUCAGUUAUACCUCCCGAUCUCGGGGGCGUCAGAGAUGAGGUCGAGCACAGAAUGAAAGAGGAAAUGGACGAACAAGAUGAGGAGGGCCGGAAAGACAAGGAAGAGGGUGUCGCAGUGCCAAUGGAGCACUAG